AUGGGCCCCUGUACCGCCUCCUCAUGCUGCUGCCAGGCCCGUAAUCUGCCAUGGGCCCCUGUACCGCCUCCUCAUGCUGCUGCCAGGCCCGUAAUCUGCCAUGGGCCCCCGUACCGCCUCCUCAUGCUGCUGCCAGGUCCAGAGUGUGUCCAUGGGUCCCUGUACGGCCUCCCAUUGCUGCUGCCAGGCCCGUAAUCUGCCAUGGGCCCCCGUACCGACUCCUCAUGCUGCUGCCAGGCCCGUAAUCUUUCAUGGGCCCCUGUACCCGCCUCCUCAUGCUGCUGCCAGGUCCAGAGUGUGUCAUGGGUCCCUGUACGGCCUCCCAUUGCUGUCUCCAUCGCUGCCAUGUGGCCCGUUCCAUUUUGUCAUAGGGUGCUGUAUGGCCUCCCAUGCUGCUGCC